GCGUGUCCGGUAAAAAAAGAUCAAUCAGUCAUCAGUGUAUUUCGCACACUCCUCCUCGAACAAACAAGCUCAUAAAAAAAAAAUUUUAAAAAGUAAAUAACAUCAUUGUGUAUGUGACUUGUAUUUAUUUUAAUUUUAUCAUUAUAACAAGUGAAUUAUUAAUAAGAAAAAAAAAAAACAACAAUGUGUUUUGCGGCGGCAAAUAUAAAAAUAAAUAAUUAAAAAUAUUAAUUGCCACUUCGACCUGUGCAUUAUAAUUACAUGAUAAAAUAUCUUGAUGAUGAUAAUACAUUUAAGAGGUGUGUGUAUUAUAUAGUUUCGUCAAAUGAAAAAGUCUUGUUUUUUUUUUUUUUUUGUCAUAAAACCGUGCGACGAAUUGACGAUUGGUCGGCAUGCUGCAACAACGGUACAGCAGCAGCAGCAGCAGUAGUCGAAGCAACACAUACAUACUACUAAAAAAAAAAAUAUAUUCUAACUACACGGAAUAUAUAACUCUAAAACAGAAUGGCGCGCAAAUGUUGCGUGAAAAAUUGUGAUAUUGAUGAUAAUUAUAUAAAUAAUAAUGAAUAUAUAAAAUUUCAUAAUUUUACAUAUAAUAGUGAUGAUGUUAAAAAUAAUUGGAUUGUUAAUUGUGAUAUUGAUAAUUGUGAAUUAACAUUAAAUAUAGUUAUAUGUAAUCGUCACUUUAAACGUACUGAUUACGAGACGAUCAAAGGACAUGAAUUAAUACUUAAAAAAAACGCCGUACCAAGUGUUUUUCAUGAUUAUGACAAACAUCCUGAUCCAAUAACAAUGCCAGUAAGAAUAUUAAAUGGCUCAUAUAAUCAACAAGAUUUAGAUAAAAAUAAAUCAAUAAUACCAAAUUUAAAUAGAACAGAAUCACCAAGUUUAAAUGAUAGUUCUGGUGAAACAUGUAAUUCACGUCCAGAAUCAUCAACUGGUUCAAUUCAUCAAUUAGAAUCAUCAGAUGAUAUUGAUAAUGAUAUCAAACAAGAAACAAAUGUUGAUAAUGAAGAAGAAACAUUAAAUGUUAUUAAUUUAAUUGCUGGUGAAAAAAAAAAUAUAACAGAUGAUACAAUAUUACCAAUAAUUGAAUCAUUUGAUACAUCAAUUAAUCAUUAUCCAGUUGAUAAAAUUAUUAAUGAUGAACUAUUAGAUGAUAUAAAUUUAAAUAAUUUAAAUGAUGAUGAUAAAAAUUGUCAACCAGCUGUAUCAUGCAAUGGUUUAACAUUUUUUAUUGGCUCAAGAUUAGAAGCUAAAGAUUAUCACAAUCAAUGGUUUCCAGCUAAAGUUGUAGAAAUUGAUUGGACUGAACGUGAAAUUCUUAUACAUUUUGAUAAAUGGAAUUCACGUUAUGACGAGUGGAUCCCUAUUGAUAGUUCAAGACUUAGAAAAAUACAACCACCAUCUAGCGAGCAGACGCUGGUAUCACCAACUCCAAAUACAAAUAUGCGAGAAUUUAUUGUUGGUGAUAGAGUUCUAGCAACAUGGGCUGAUGGAAGAAAAUAUCCAGCAAGAGUUUGUGCUGUUUUGGGAAAUGAUCGAUAUGAUGUUUUGUUUGAUGACGGUUAUGCCAAGGUUGUGAAAUCAUCUAAAAUGACUAAAAUUGCUGAUACAUCAAACAAGAAAGAAACAACAAUGGAACAAGACACAUAUAUAGGAAGUAAACAAGAACGUAGAGAUAAAAAACGUAAACAUACAGUUAUAGAUUUAUUUAGUCGUAAAAAAACAAAAUCUGAAACACCAGAAAAACAAAUUAUUAAAAAAGAAGAUACACUUGAUAUUGUUGAUACAAUUAAUGGUGAUAAUAAUGAAGCUGAAACAACUGUAUAUUAUGAUUCUGGUGUUGAACAAUCAAAAAAUUUUGAUUCUAUAAAACAAACAAAACAAAAAAUACCAAAAAUUAAAAAAGAAUCACCAAAAUAUGAUUUACUUGAUCAAGAUGAUGAUAGUCCUGAGUGGGUUGAUGGUGAACCAAAAGGAGUUGAAUCAUUUACAGUUGAUGGUAAUAAUGGAACAAGAAGAUCAAUAAUUGUAGCAGAUAAAAGAAUACCAGAUGGUUGGGAAAGACAUUUUACACAACGUCGAAGUGGUAAUUCAGCUGGUAAAUGGGAUGUUUUAUUUAUGCAUAUAGAAAGUGGAAAAAAAUUUCGUACAAAAAGUGAUGUUAGAACAUUUUUUCAUACACAAUUACAUACUGAUUUUGAUCCAGAAAUGUUUGAUUUUUGUAUACAUAGAAAAAAACGUUUAAGUAUUGCUAAGCCAAAAAUUGAAUUAUCAAGUGAACCAACUAAAAAAAUUAAAACACUUUUACCAAAGACUAAACUACUUUUACCACAAUCAUCAUCAUCAUCAUCAUGUUCAUCGUCAACGUCAACGUCAUCAUCAACAUUAACAGCAACAUCAACAACACCAUCAUUGACAUCAUCAAUUGAUAAUUCUUCAUUGACACCUGCUGGUUCAAUGAAUACUCCAGCUACACCAUUUUCUUCAGUAUCUACUCCAGUUAACAACACAUCAAUGACAUAUUCUGUCUAUAUUGGUUCGUUGAAAAUUGAAAUGGUGGAUGAUUCAUAUAAAUGUCCAAAAGAAGGCUGUGCAAAAACAGUCCGUAAAGAAAAUCUUUUACAAAUGCAUGUUAAACAUUAUCAUCCAGAGUAUGCAAAAUAUUUAGGCUCAACACCAAAUGUUGCUGAUCUUGCAUAUGCAAGAACAAUUGGUGAACCAGUUGUUGAUGCAACACCAAAAUCACGUUUUUCAGAAAAACGUAAAUCACUUCAAGAAAAACCAAUAGCAUUGUCAUUUGUUAAUUCACCUAGUCAAAGUGUGUCUGUUGCAUCUACAGUUAUAUCAGAUAAUAAUAUUGUAUCUGAUACAGUUAAUGGUCAUGUUAAUGAUAUUAAAAAAUUUGAAAUGAUGUCACCAACAAGAAAUUUAGAUCAUGAUGAUGAUGUCGUUAAAAGAAAUGAGGCAAAUUGUGCAAUGUCACCUGGUACAUUAUUUGAUAUGAAAAUAAGAGAAGAAAAAACUCAAACUGGUAUUAAAACAUUAUUACCAGUGAGAUCUAUUAUUUCUACUGAUGUAAUUAAAAAUGAUAAAUUAAAAUUACUUGAUGAAACACAUAUUGAAAAAGGAAGAGGUCAUAGAAAACGACAGCUAUCAGAGUACAGUUCUGAUGCAUCAACAAAAAGUAAAAAACGUCAAGGCAUACUAGAGCUCACUGAUGACUAUGGAGAUCUAGAUGACAGUGCACUUGAUGCUGAGGGUCCAGCUGAACCAGUCUACAGAUUUAGUCGACGUAAAUCAGAUACAAAAAGUGAUGAUAAUAGUCAAAGCAGUCAGCUAAAUGAUUCGCCAGACAAAAAAAUAGAGUGUACUCCAAAUGAUAAUUAUCAAAUCAUGUCAGAAGAUGGUGAGGGUGUUAUGAUGAUGAUUAAUGGUGAAAUGGUUAAAGUUGAACAAUUAAAAAGAGAAGAAAUAAUAAAUUGUACAUGUGGUUAUAGUGAAGAAGAUGGUUUAAUGAUACAGUGUGAUUUGUGUUUAUGUUGGCAACAUGGCCAUUGUAAUGAAAUUGAACGUGAAAAAGAUGUACCUGAUAAAUAUAUAUGUUAUAUUUGUCGUCAUCCGUAUCGUCAACGUCCAUCACAAAAAUAUAUUCAUGAUCAAGAUUGGAUUAAAGAAGGUAAACUUCCAAUUUUAUCAAAUCGAACAAAAGAUCAAACAGCUAUUAAUAAAAGAACAGCAAUGUUAAAACGUUCAUAUGAUCUUGUUGGUUCAUUAUUAAAAAUUCAACAAAUGCUACAUAGUCUUAGAGUUAAAAUAAAUAUUGCACGUAAUAAAGAUCAUCCAAAAUUAUAUUUAUGGUCUAAAAAUUGGGAUAAAUCAGAUAUUGUUGAGAAAGAUACAAAUCCAAUUCCAAUUUUAGAAAUAAUUAAAAAACAAGAAGACAAUGAAUUAUCAAUAAAUUUACAAAAUAAUAAUAAUAAUUCCAUAAAAGAAGAAAUAAUUGAUGAUCAAAAAAUUGUUGAAAAAAAUUCAGAUGAUAAAUUAAUAUCAUCAGAUAGUGAGUUAAUGAAAAUACUUGAAGAAGAUACAAAUACAAUGUCAGAUGAUUUAAAAAUGUCAAUUAUUAAAAAAGAAGAUAUUAAAGAAAAUAUAUUUCAUGAUGUAUUAUUAAAAUCAGAUGAUAAAUUAUUUAAUUGUGAUGAUAAAAAAUUUGAUGAUUUUGUUAAUUUUAAUGAUAAUGAUUUAAUUGAUAAAAAAACAUUUUUGGAUAAUGAAAAUAUUGAUAUUAAACCAAUGUUAUCUAUGGUGCCUGCUCAACCAUUUAUACCAGAACCAGAAGCACCAAUUAAUCCAGCAGAAUGUCGUUUACGUUUACUUGAACAUGUUGAACACUUUCAAAAACAUCUUGAUGCAUUGUUAACAAAUGUUGAAGUUCAAGUUUGUGCUUUAGAAGCUAUGGACUCUGAUGAUACUACUCAAGAAACAGAUAUUGAUCCAAAAACAAAACAAACAAUUCAAAUGUUAAUGAGAGAUCUUAAUUCAUUACGAAAACUUGCUGCCUUGUGUUAAUAAUUACCAUUAAUUUCAUUAUUAAAUUGUUAUGUGCUUUAUUUAAAUUUAAUAUUAUAUAAUUGUCGUAAGUCUUUACUUUCUGUAAUAUUAUAUUGUAUGUAAAUAUGUAGAUGGUAACUCAGUAUUUUAAUACUCAACUAAUAUUUCAAAGUUGAAUAAAAACAAAAAAAAAACAACAAUAAUAAAAUUACUGUAUGUUUAAAUUAAAAAUUAUUUAUAAAAGUCGUAAUUUAUUCAUAAAUAAAUACGUGAGCUUUGUAUUACGUACAAAAUGUAUAAUAAAACAAAAAUUAUGAAUAUAUAUUUCAUUUUUAAUUAAUUAUAAUUAUAUGAUAAUCUUUGUUUUUGUUGAUAAUCCUUUUUUUUUUGACAGAAAUUAUUUAUUCAAAAAAAUAAAAAAAACAGACAAUUAUUCAUCGUAUU